AUGAUAAAGAAGACGUAUUCUGAAGUCGUCGCCACGCCUACGACAACCUCGCCUCUUGCCCUCGCUAUCAAGGCGCAACGUGCGUUAGAGUCGAGAUCAGCCCAUGAAAAAGACCUGACCAUCGUUGUCGUUGGACAUCCAGAAACAGAAGGAGAAGACCUGGCCGGCUGUGCUCGUGAAAUUUUAUCGGAAAAGCAUAUCGACCCAAGCCACAUUGCUGAAGUAUUCCGUCAUGGCACAAAAAGAGCUGGUUCUACUCGAAUCAUCAAAGUGAAAUUGACAUCAAGGAAAAGGUAUUUCUCGAUAAAGAAAGCCCUCGGACAGUCGACGUUUGGAACAUUCGCCCGCGACGACCUCAGCAUAAUAUAA